AUGCAGACCCAUAACCAGCCCGCCUCAGGUUCCACCCCCGUAUCCAACUCAACGCUUGGUGGUUUGACUGGAUACGGAAAUCAGAUCGUCGCGAACUUGGAAACAAAACAGAGCGAUCUUCUUUUGGCUCUUGAGACAGCUUUGCUCACACAACAGAAAGUACUGGAUGUUAACCAGACGCUUGAUGCUGAGCUGCAGAAAACAAGAGGCGAGAGCAAUACGAUGUUUCAAUGGGCAUCACAGCAAGUGAAAACAGAUGCCUUGUCUUGCAAGCUUCAACAUCAUAACACCCAAGCGCAGUCUGAACAACAAAACGACCAGACAGAGUUGGACUCGCAGCUACUGAAAGAAGAGAACGAGAAUAAGGGCGUAUCGGAACCUGUACAGAAGUAUUUGAGUUCAUCUGGCCCCAGAAGUGAAUAUCCAGGUUUGGUUAGCAGUAGAAGCUUGAGAAACAGAAGGAACCUACAUUGAGGCUGAAGAGAUAGUCCAUAAUGAAACG